UUCCCGGAUCGGCAGCCUCCACCGCCACUCCGCCCAAAUCGAGCACCUCCACAGCCACUCUAUAUUUCCAGCCAAGCCGUCCGCCUUUCGCCGCCCCAAAAUCCAGCCAUCUUCUCCCCUCCUCCUCCGCCGCUGCGGCCGACCCCGAUCGACGGAGAUGCGGAAACACCACCGAGGUCUAGGAUCGGUGGCUGCCCCUGCCCUGCUCCUGCUCCUGCUACUCGCCCUCGUCCUGCCGUCUACUCAGACCCAGUCCCAGAAGCAGAGCGCGCGAGAGACGGCUGCCAUGGCGGCGGAACCCGCGCGGCGGCUGGCGGGAGGCAUCGUGGAGUCGCCGGGGCGAGAGAACGAUCUCUACAUCGUCGGCCUCGCCCGCUUCGCCGUCUCCGAGCACAACAAGGAGGCCAAUACUCCGCUGGAGUUGGAGAAAGUGGUGAGGGUCAAGGAGCAAGCUGUUGCUGGCAGGCUCUACUACAUCACAAUCCAGGUCGAUGAAGGCGGGGCAAAGAAGCUGUAUGAAGCCAAGGUGCUGGAGCAGCUGUGGCUGGAUGUCAGGAAGCUCGUGGAGUUCAGGCCGGCAGAGGGCGCCUCUCCCAACGUUUAAGGCCUGUCCCAACUGUGCAACAGUGCAAGGAUCUCCAGAUAUGGUGUGGAUAUAGCUACCGUCCGUGCGGCAUGUGUUUAACGUGCUCUCUUGUGUACUAGUAUCAAGAACAAGUCUGCUUCUUGCGAGUUGUUUUGACCUGCCCAUUAUAUUUCUUGCCAUUCAAGUUUCAGAUGGUUCAUAUCCUAUGCAGUUAAUUUAGCUUGGCUUGAUGGCCUCUCUAGUUCGUACUAAGCUCCACUAUGGCUAGUGAUCAGGAAUAGAAUUCUGGCCAAAGCAAAUUCCGGAACACUUGUUCUUCUGCUGUCUAGCUAAUUGUGUCUGGAAUGUUGCUGGUGUUC